AGUGACAGAAUCGUCAUCCCUUUCUAACAGCUUUUAAAAAAACAAUUUGAAGUAAAAAAAAAAAAUUGGUUUUGAACGCUUACGAGGCAAAGUUACAAUAUUCACGGAUGAAGAAAAAUUUUACUACAAAAUGCAUUCACUUGUUGUAUUAGUUUUAAUAAGUGCACAUUUGGCGCUUAUGCUCAAUGCAGACACGGGAAGACGAAAUAGACACCGCCACCAAAAAUUAUUUCCCGCCUUCCAUAGUGGGGUAUGAAGCCUGAACAUUACUGACACAUCUACUUUCUGCCAAAGAAUACGUUCAACUAAUGUAUAGAGGUUCGAGGUAUACCAAAGCUAUACUAUGCCAACAACGAAACUGUUUUCAUUCAAAUUGCAAAGCGCAAUUACCACCGCGAAGAUUCCAAACGCCACUUAAUCAGGCACCACAUCAUCGAUGGGGCAAAUAUCAACGCAUCGUCCCUGCUUCCUUCGCUCCAGUCAAUGUCAAAAACAUAACACAACGCUCUGUCCCUGAAUUCAUCCCAAAACCGCCUUACGCUGCCUCUGGCACGUCUUCCAGCUGGGGCCCUGACAUACCAAUUUUUGAAACAGAAGAAGAGAUUAAUGGGCUACGACAAGCUGGGCAGCUAGCCAAGAAGAUACUUGAAUUAGGUACAAACCUAGUCGAGAAUCACUAUAAGGAUGGUAUCUCCACCGAUAAAAUAGAUAAAAUUCUACAUGAUACUAUUAUAGAGCAUAAAGCAUAUCCUUCACCAUUGAACUACAUGGGAUUUCCAAAGAGCGUUUGUACGUCCGUAAAUAACGUCAUUGCUCACGGUAUACCAGAUGAUCGACCUCUUCAAGAAGGAGAUAUCAUAAACAUAGAUGUUACUGUAUAUUUGAAUGGGUUUCAUGGAGAUACCUCAGCUACAAUUUUAGUGGGCCAAGUGGAUGAACAGGGGAAAGCAUUAGUAGAAUGUACAAGAGAAUGUUUAAAUGAAGCAAUUCGUAUUUGCGGACCAAAAGUACCAUACAAAGAGAUUGGAAGAGUGAUCAGCCAUAUCGCAUCAAAAAAUGGAUAUUCUGUAUCAGAAGAACUUUCAGGUCAUGGUAUUGGCAAGGAAUUUCAUAGUUUACCUCUGAUUUACCAUCACCUAAAUGAUGAGGAAGGUGUCAUGGAGCCUGGUGUUUCUUUUACAAUAGAACCUAUAUUGUGCCAAGGUCUAGCAACAGGUAUAAUGUGGCCAGAUCAGUGGACAAUAGCGACGGUGGAUGGUGGUAGAAGUGCACAAUUUGAACAUACUUUACUCGUUAAUAAGGAUGGAGUAGAAAUUCUCACAAAGUAAAAGAGCCUUAUUACAGUUAAGAAUCGUUAGGCAAUAAUAGGGGAUCUCGCUUAAGCUAUAACAAACCUUCCAACUUGCUGGAACAGGAUCUGCAUGAAACGAUUUUAUUGGAUGGUUGAUCAAUCAUAAUUUUUGUGCUUGAUUGUGCAAUCUUAAAAUGAUAAAUGUAAAUAAACAAGCUACAUUGGGUGUACGUCUACUUAGU